ACGCGUGAACAGGAUGGACUUUGUAUGAUUGAUUGCUGCCCGGCGAUCUGGAAAUAGAGGCUCUUGCUCAAUGAGGACUAAAACUGUAAAUAGGAUUCGGGGCCGCUCAAGGAAAGAGAACUUCUACGGUACUGAUGUUGAACAGGAUGCUGCUGUCAAACUUGCUCAAGAACGUGCUGAGAUAGUUGCCAAGUAUGACCGAGGACGCGAAGGAGCCCAGAUCGAGCCUUGGGAAGAUGCUGACUACCUGCUUUACAAAGUUACCGACAGAUUUGGUUUCUUGCACCAGGAGGAGUUACCAAUUCACGAUGCAGCAUCUGAGAAGCACAAGCAGCUCGAGAUUGAAAGAACUACAAAAUGGUUGAAGAUGUUAAAAAGCUGGGAGAAAUACAAGAACACAGAUAAGUUUCACAGAAGAAUCUAUAAAGGAAUUCCAUUGCAGCUGAGAGGCGAAAUCUGGUCCCUGUUACUCGACGUCCCAAAAAUGAAAGAAAUGAGAGGUUAUUAUAAUACUUUAAAAACGCGAGCAAGAGGAAUCUCUCCAGAUAUCCGGCAAAUUGAUCUCGAUGUUAAUCGGACCUAUCGGGAUCACAUCAUGUUCAGAGAUAGAUAUGGAGUAAAGCAACAAUCUCUGUUCCAUGUCUUAGCUGCAUAUUCUGUUUAUAAUACGGAGGUUGGAUACUGUCAAGGGAUGAGCCACAUAACCGCAUUGCUCCUAAUGUACAUGAACGAGGAAGAUGCUUUCUGGGCUUUAGUGAAGCUGCUAUCAGGGCCCAAGCAUGCUAUGCAUGGGUUUUUUAUUCCUGGUUUUCCUAAGCUGUUGAGGUUUCAAGAGCAUCAUGAAAAAAUAAUGAAGAAAUUUUUGUCCAAGCUUAAACAACAUUUUGAUUCCCAGGAGGUCAACACCAGCUUUUACACAAUGAAGUGGUUUUUCCAGUGUUUCCUUGACCGUACUCCCUUUCGGUUAACCCUCAGGAUCUGGGAUAUCUACGUCCUUGAAGGAGAGCGAGUUCUUACUGCAAUGGCCUACACCAUUCUGAAACUGCACAGAAAACACCUGGUGAAAUUGCAGAUGGAAGAACUGGUCCAGUUUCUUCAGGACACUCUUGCCAAAGAUUUCUUUUACGAUGAUGAUUUUGUAAUAGAACAACUCCAGAGCUCCAUGGCAGAACUGAAACGGGCAAAGAUGGACCUCCCUGUAGCAGGUAAAGAGGAUGAAUUUCCAAAGAAGUUGGGGAAAACGCCAGCCAACAGUCAACCAGCCAUGCUGAAUCUCACGCAUCUCGUCAAUGGACAAAAAACCAACAGUGUAGCGAAGGAGGCCCCGGCAAGCCAGAGGGCUGGAGAAGUCCGUCGAGAAGGUUCACCAAGGAGAUACGGAGAAGGAGGCCAAGAAAGCUCACCUACGGCACGGAUAAAGAGAGACAGGGAAGGCUCACCGACACCACGGGGAGAGAGAGGCCAAGAAAGCUCGCCAAACCGCCAAAGACGAAAAAAUUCUCUGGAAAAGAGGCAGAUUUUGAGACAUCAGCAAAAGCCGGUAGCACCAAACGCACAAAGUGGGUUGCCAAAGCAUGAUGGGGAGACCCCCGGAAGGAAGCCUGAAGCGCAAACAGAGGCUGAGCCCAAGCAUAAACACAACGCAACUGCGAACCAAAACUCCAACGCAGUGUUAACUACGGGGAAAGAGUUUGUCCCCAGGUGGAUUAAACCUUCCGACGUUAAGAUAAUCGAAAAAACCACCAAAAUCACCAUGGAGUUUAAGACCAGAUUGCCAAAGCAGGGCUGGACAGGACCAGCCCCUGCUCCGGAAGACGAAGCUCAGAGAUUCAACCCCAAGCAAAAAACGAGGGUUUGGGACGUGGAUGAAAGUAAGCGGGGGUCGAAUGCCUCGCAGUACGACAAUGUUCCUGAAGCCGAUCUGGAGAAUGGAAGCUCUGUGGAGCAGGCCCCGGAAAGAGUUGUCCUGCAGAAUCCAAGGAGCACCGUUUUCUCCAGCGGCUCCAGAAAAGAGAUCGAGAAAGGAUCUAGUCCACCAAAAAUAUCCAACAGUUAUGCCUUCAGCUCUGGACCAAGGGUCCCCAGAUACUCCUCCCAAUCUGACGCAUCGGUGGUUGGAUCUCACACGAGACAGCCACCCCCAACGUAUAAUAAUCCACCUGUUUACCAAGGGUAUUCUCCAAAGCACACGACCAAAGAUGGUAACUUCACAGCCACGCAGUACAAUCACGGGACUCGGACCAGCUCCGCCACUCAGUUGUAUGUUCCCGAUUUUCCACCGGAGACGGAAACUCAUCAAAUGCUCUCUGAGAGGCCACCUAGAAAUUACUCCGCCCUCCACCAGAAUCUUGUUGUGACGCCUUCGAGUCGGGUAGAGGUUCUCCCCGACGAGGUCUUCCCAAGCAGCCCCAGAGGCCACCGUCCCGCAAUCCCUCUAGUAGAUUAUCUGCCAGAUCAUAAAAAAUGGCCGGAUCCCCCUUUAGCGUACAGACCAGGAGCCUACGGACAACCCUGGGGCGGAGACGGUGGCCGAAGUCACUUCGGUCACUUGAAGAGACACCCAGCGUUUCAGCCUAAGCCUCUUGAAGACCACAACUUUCCCACCCUUUCCGUGGACAGGCCUCUGAGAUACAGGACAGCCUCAGGGGAACUCGGCCCCCCCCUCUACCAGUAUCCGAGUUCCCCUGGCCCCGACCGUCAUUACAGGCACCAAGCAGAUGGGUUGUCUAUGAACGAAUCAGUGCUGCUUUGAAACAAUAUAUAUAUAAAUAUAUAUAUAUAUAUAUAUAUAUAAAUUACAUCCGCUCACCUAAAAGGCCUGGAAAAGAACGUGCUUUGG